GGUUUUGUCUGGAUACGUGGUGGAACUUGAGGCGGGCCUAUAGACCCACGCUCAACAGCCUACCCUUCCAGCUCUUUCCAGCCUCAAAAAUGGCUACCUCCACUGCUUCCCAGCUUUUUUCUGCCUUAUUAGUCGCAUUUUUCGUCUCCGCGGUGAACUCCCAGUAUGAGAAAUACAGCUUCAGGAGUUUCCCCAGGCAUGAGCUCAUGCCUCUGGAGUCCGCUUACAAAUAUGCACUGGAUCAGUACACCGGGGAGAAGUGGAAGGAGACGGUGGAGUACAUGGAGGUGUCUCUGCGACUCUACCGGCUGCUGCGGGACAGCGAGGCCUUCUGCAACCUUAACUGCAGCUCCGUGAGGCUGGAGGACGAGCAGAGGUUUGCGGAGUUUCCAGAGCUGCAGGCGUUUGGAAACGUUAUGAAAAGAGCGCAGUGUCUGAAGCGCUGCAAACAGGGCUUACCCGCUUUCAGGCAGACCAUGCCCAGCCGGGACACUAUAGAUGAAUUUGAGAGGAGGGAGCCGUACAAAUACCUUCAAUAUGCCUACUUCAAAUCUGACAACCUGGCCAAGGCGGUGUCUGCUGCCCACACCUUCCUCCUGAAACACCCGGAUGAUGAGAUGAUGCAGAGAAACAUGGCCUACUACAAGAGUCUGCCUGGAGCCGAGGAGCACCUGAAAGACCUGGAGACCAAAUCCUACGAGACCUUAUUUAUACGUGCCGUGAGGGCGUACAAUGGCGAAAACUUCCGUACCUCGGUGUCAGACAUGGAGCUGGCACUGAGGGACUUCUUCAAGGUCUACGACGAGUGUCUGGCUGCGUCUGAGGGACCGAGGGACAUCAGAGAUUUUAAAGACUUCUACCCCUCGAUAGCUGACCACUACAUGGAAGUGCUGGAGAGGAAGGCCGGGUGUGAGAGCGACCUGACACCUGUUGUUGGCGGUUAUGUUGUUGAGAAGUUUGUGGCCACCAUGUACCACUACUUGCAGUUCGCCUACUACAAGCUGAAUGACUUGAAGAACGCAGUGCCGUGUGCAACCAGCUACUUGCUGUUUGACCCCAAUGAUGAAGUCAUGAAGAACAACGUGGAGUAUUACAAGUUCCACAAAAGCAAGUGGGGGCUGAUAGAUGAGGAUUUCCUCCCCAGAUCAGAGGCAGUCCGGUACUACAAUCAGACCACCAUGCAGCUUCAGAUGUUGGAGUUCUCCAAACAGCGUCUGGCCAGCGACGAUGAGGGGGAGGUGGUCGAGUUUAUAGAUGAGUUCCUGGAUGAGGAUGAGGAGAAGAUUCUGCCGAAACACUGAAAAACAACACAAAACACUCCCAAUUUUUAUAUUUAUCGGGUUUACAGUCUGUGGUUGAUCGAGUUUGUUUUACUUUCCUACUGCGUGCCCAUUAAUAUUCUGUUCAGUGGACAUACAGCAUAGUGGCUUAAUAAUUUAAAGAAAACUGAAAUAUUUUGUCUCGUCUUUUGUGAAUCACACGAGUAUGACUUUUUUUUUUUUUUUACAAUAAAAUAACUUUCCAAUAAUCACGGCUUUUCAGUGAUGUUGUAAAACAACAGCCACUUCCACUGAGAGGAUUUCUGAACAACAGCUGGAUCAACUGAAGGCACAGAUGCAUCUCUCAGAUCCUGUGUCAGGUCUUUGCUGGAUUUGUUCCCUCGCUGUAGAUAGAGUUUUAGUCCUGCAACUUCUAAUUUUGUCCUCCACUUGUUCUUCAAAGUUGCAAGGAGACACUGCAAACCACGCUGAGAUAUGAUAGCUCUUUGGGAAUAGCCCUGCUGGUCAAAAAAUACUACUUUAUGUCUGUCAAGCUGUGUUGUCUUUGGUAUUUUUCAGCUAAAGAAAUGGGAACAAAUGAUGUGCUUUAGCGACAGGCUGCAAAUGAAAAAAGUGCCUUAAGACACAAUUUAAAACUGGCUCUUUGCUAAGUUCAUCCCUUGAGUUAGGUAGCUCUUUGUGCUUAAAUGGUUCACGGGUCUGUGUUAAGCCACUUAACAAACAACAGACAUUCUCCAGAUAAAGGUCAGGUACAAGGACUGGAGUGUCCAAAUGUCAAUAGAGAAGUUUUUAAAGACCCUCAGAAAUUCUGCAAAACUGUGAAGACAGUGAUGUAAACCUACCAACCAUUCUGAUUCUCUUUCACCACAUGAGACAAACAGUAAAUCAUCCCAGUAUCGAAGCUGGAAAAACAAAAUUUUAAUAUCUGUUUUAAAAGUGACUUAAAUGUUAAUUACUCGGCUAUUCUUCGUUUCCAGUUCACUGGUCUUUAACUGGAGCCCCAAUAUAAAGAAACCCAGAGGUAGAAGACAGGAGAGCUGAGCAGCGAGCCCACCAGAGAAAACACUGUGGUGUUUAAUAAUGUUUGAACAUUGAGUCUCUGUGCAGUUUGUCACAUGGUGAUGUUAAAAACCCACAGGGGAACAUUCCCUCUGUAUUACUGUGUCUCUCCAACUCUUCGCCUUCUCCUUCUGUCCUGUUUCUUUUAUUACCUCUUCCUCAGCUGUAGUUCACCCCACCAAUUUCUCUCUUCUGCUUCUUUUUGCUUGGAGAAGCAGAAGCAUUAAAAAU